AUGGAGGUGACCCCGGGCAGCGCUGCGGGGCCGGUGCCGGGGGCAGCAACGGCCGAGGACCUGGCCGGCCGCUUCCUGCGGCUGGAGCGGGAGCAGAGCGCGCUGCUGGAGGAGCUGCCGCCCUUCGGGGCGCCCGUCAGCCACGUGUACCGCCCGCUGGACUACGCCUGGGAGCCCCACCGCGACUUCGUCCGCCGCUACUGCCGCGGCCCCAAGCGCGUCCUCUUCCUCGGCAUGAACCCCGGCCCCUUCGGCAUGGCGCAGACCGGGGUCCCUUUCGGCGAGACCCGGCACGUCCGCGAGUGGCUGGGCGUCAGCGGCGAGGUUCGGAGACCCCCGGCCGAGCACCCCAAGCGCCCGGUGCUGGGCUGGAGCUGCCGGCGAGCCGAGGUGAGCGGCGCCCGUUUCUGGGGUCUCUUCCGUUCCCUGUGCCCGGACCCCCGGGGCUUUUUCCGCCACUGCUUCGUCCACAACCACUGCCCCCUCCUCUUCCUCGCCCCCAGCGGCCGCAACCUGGCCCCCGCCGAGCUGCCCCCGGCCCAACGCGCCCGGCUCAUGGCGCUGUGCGACCGGGCGCUGGCGCGGGCCGUGGAGCUUCUUGGGGUCAGGAUGGUGGUGGGGGUCGGGGGCUACGCCCGGCAGCGAGCUCGGAGGGCCCUGGGGGCCGCCGGGCUGGCCGUUAGGGUGGAGGGCAUCCCGCACCCCUCGCCCCGCAGCCCCCGAGCCAACAGGGGCUGGGAGGAGGAGGCCAGGGCGAGCUGGAUGCAGUCCGAGGAUGGAAGAAAAACUUUUCCCUGGGUGUAG